AACGCCCGACGGGGGGUGGGGGUGGAGGUAGGAGGGGGCGAAUAUUCGGAUCUCAAAAUAAAUAUCUGCAUACCACCAUGGGGACCGAAUAUUCGGAUAUUCGGGCCCAGGCCUAGCAACAGGUUGGAGUUUCAUAGAGAAAAGUGCCAGCGAGGAAAACAGCUGCUGCAAAACUCCCCCAAACCACUGGACUGAUACCUCAUCCCAUCCAUCUCUCCCUGUGUCAGUCUCUUCCUCUCUGUCCCAUCCCCCUCUUCCUCCUCUCAUCCACCGCUCCAUCACACAGGAAGCCUGGCCUUCCUGAAAACAAACCUCCGAGCAUGGAAAGGGACAAGGCCGAGGGGGGCAGUGCUCACGUUUCGCACCAGGCUUGCAACAUCAACCUGCACCACCAUGGCGAUCACCGACUUCCUGGCAGCGUCAGACAUCACUUCUGCAAUCAAUGCUUGUAAAGCAAAGGAUUCCUUUAAGCCAAAGAUGUUUUUCAAAACUGUGGGUUUAUCUAAGAAAACUCCAACAGAGAUCGAGAGGGUGUUUAAGAUUUUGGACCAGGACAAAAGCGGCUACAUAGAGCAGGAUGAGUUACAACUGUUCCUGCAGAACUUCUCCAAAGGAGCGAGGCCCCUGACUGCAGCAGAGACCAGAGCGUUCCUCCUGGAGGGAGACUCAGAUGGUGACGGGAAGAUCGGCUGGGAAGAGUUUUCUGCACUGGUCAAGUCUGCAUAGGAGAUGCCUGAUCUGUGGCAUGGAGAUGAUCUCAGGGUGGACCACUUUACAUUGUUGUACUACAGUAAAUAACUUGGACUCAUUCAGGAAUGUAAUUUCUUUAGAAUAAAAAUAUGUUUUACUUUUAAUAGAAAAAAAAUAAUAAACCAAUUAAAGCAAACAACAGAUCUAAACUUGCCUCUCUGCUCUGUGUCUUUCCCUGCCAGGAGAGUUUAUAGAUAAAUCUUCUUUGCUCUGUAACAUUAAUGUGUGAUUUUUACUGCCCUGUCCGUCCUGUAAAGACCAGCAGAACCUCUCUGCUGUUUUGAUGUUAUAUUGAGCUCUGGGAGGUGUCCAGCCUGUCUGGGUGGCCGAAGGCUUUGGUUUCGCCAAUUAACAGCAGCAGCAAUUUUCCACUGUGCAAAUGAAGUGUUUGUCAUUCUGGUAACAUCAGUUUGACACUUGAGGGGUGUGAAUGAUAUGUUUAUGCUGGGACAACAUGUACCCAACAUUUAACCUAUUUUCUCUGAAAUAGUUUUACAGAUUGUUGGGUUUUAUUGUUUCUAUUAUUUUUAUUAAACAUACUGCUGGCUU